AUGGAGAAAUAUCUUAAUCCUUCAGCUCCUGAGGGUAGUAAAGCUCAGAGAAUCUACCUGGGACACGUACAGUUAAUUGAAUUUUCGUCGACAUUUUCUUGGCGUGGUCGGCAGGUUAUCAAACCUGGCGUCUACCCUGAACCAGUGGUUGAUACCAGCAUGGGACCUUUGAGCCCCACCUGUUUACUGGCUGCUGACGGAGUCCUAGAAGGUCAGCAGCUCGUAGACAUCAGGUUGACCCAGGUCGCAAGAGAAGCAUUUCCAGCAGGCUCUAGCCCCUGGGUCUCAAGCUUGUUUUCUUCCCGCCGUGCAAAAGCAUUAGCACCAAGCUGGAAGCAAUUCCCGCUUCAGCCGGGAAGUGGCGGCCUGCAGCCGACCGGGCCUCGGGCGGGCGCUUCCGUGCAGCUUCCGGUUGUUUGCUGGGCCCUGCAACAAACAGGGGACGGACUCAGGCUGGGCGCUUGGGGAAGAAACCGACCCCGGCGAGCUGAGGUUUCCUACAGGCGUCUGCGGCCCUCUGCCCCUCCAUUGCCGGAUCUCGGGCCUGACCCGGGCAGCGCGCCUGGUCCAAGGAAGGCGGGGGAAAUGGUCCAGAUGGAGACGCAACUGCAGAGCAUUUUUGAGGAGGUGGUGAAAACGGAAAUUAUAGAAGAGGCUUUCCCUGGCAUGUUUAUGGACACCCCUGAAGAUGAAAAAACAAAACUAAUUAGCUGUUUGGGGGCCUUCAGACAGUUUUGGGGUGGUCUUUCUCAGGAAUCUCACGAACAAUGCAUCCAGUGGAUUGUUAAAUUCAUUCACGGCCAGCAUAGUCCUAAAAGAAUUUCUUUUCUUUAUGACUGCUUAGCAAUGGCGGUCGAGACUGGUCUCCUUCCACCCAGGUACGUUUAA